GCCAGCAACACCACCUACAGGUCGUCGCCACGACUCCGCCCUUCUCCGCCAGCACCGAUUGCGCCUUGCCGUGCGAGCGCGACCGCUUCACUGCGCCGUCAGCCUUCAUCUGCCCGUGCGCCGCGACACCGACGAAUCGAUAUUCCCCCAACUCCUGCUUUGACCUCUGCUGGCAAUCAAAGCACUUUCACGAUACCCCGGCGCCUUCAGCCACCUCGAGCGCUUCGCUUUACCUGCGCUUCUCCACCUGCCAACACUUGCGCCUUGCUUGCACGCCUGCAAAACUUCACCUAAUCGUGACCAGCCGCGCGUCCACAAAGGCCGCCCGUCCCCCACCAUCGAACGGUUUCCCGCUGCACACACAGUAGAAACGCCCGCAUCGCUCAACCACCGCGACUGCGCGCCGGACACACGUGGCGCACGCGCCGGCGAGCUGCAUGACGGCGCCCAGACUAUGCCCGGCAUCCUCAUGAUGAACCACAGCGCAAACGACCCUGUAAGAGAUGGAGAGAACAAGAAGCACUUCUCUGACGACAAGCUCGUCAACGGCAUCGAUGGGCGCAAGGACAUGGCCGUCAGGAACGGGAGCGCGGGGAAGGCCAGCACCAGCGGCGCCUCUACUGAUAUGUCUGCGCCCGUCCAUGAUCAAUAUGCAGAGCUGCCGCCCGAAAUCGCGCACAUUGGUUCAGAGGCAUAUCACCCUUUAUCGAAGCUGCUGGCUCGUGUGGCCCAAGAGUGCUACAAUGCGCUCGAGGAGGCCCUCCACAAGAUGUCCGGCAUGUCCAUCGGCCAGCAGCCGAAUGGCGCCGCGAUCAACGGAGCGCAAGACAGUCCAGAGGUCAACAAACGGAAGAAGCUGCUUCUGCUCAAGUUUGCGCAGGAGAACCGAGCCAAGUUCAUAAAGCUUCUGGUGUUGACAGAGUGGGGCCAGAAGUCGGCAAUAGACGUAGGGAAAGUCAUCGAUGUGUAUUCUUGGGCGCGAGAGCAAGUCACGCAUAUGGACUUCGUGGACAAACAAAUGGAAGAGAUUAAGGUUCUUUCAGGCACCGCAAGAGAGAACAACCCAGAUAUCCGGACUGCAUUGGAAAUUCUGUCGACUGGGAAGGCCUCCUGGAUCCCAACUCUCGACUAUAUACCACCUGAUCCUAUCUCAUCGGAGAAGGCGCUAAAGCUCCUACGUCAGAUGAACACGUCCCUUUCGAUACGGCUGAACGUACACGAAACACUUCCACGGCACCUUCAAAACUGGCAAAUUCAGUCGGGUCGCGCAACCUUUGUAAUUGCCGAUGAGAUGGAGUUUGAUGUUGUUUCUUUCGUCGAAGAUGCUUCAGAUCAGUGGUUCUUCCUGGACUUGCGGUUGUUAUUCGGUUCUGCGCCCAUAAUUGAGACCGGCAGCAGGUUUUGGGUGAUUCUCCAGGGGCAAGCCGACUACGUGCUCCACGAGAAGGGUCUCAGCGGCCUCUUCGACUUCCUUCACAGCUUCAUCCUGACGCACAAGCUGUCGGUGCUGAGAUCACAGGCUAUAGGGCUUGCGCGCUCAGGAUGGGCAGGGUCGCUACGAGUGGAACCAGUGCAUCGCGAACUUGUGAUCCAGUACUGGACCGACAGACCAGGGAAGAAGAGCUGGAUCGAGUUUGGCAUGACAAGCAACAAGUCGAAGAACGGCAAGACAUCAUGGCGAGAUCCGGCAUUGCCAUCCCUGACCGUGCGCUGGUUUCGCCAAGGGAAAGAAGUGCUUGAUGUCGAGCUCGGUAUCGACUGGAAUGACCUCUCGAUGGAGCGGAUUCUGAAACGCGUCCUUGCCCUACACACUACCCAGAUCUUGCAGUCGACCAUAGAGCACUUCGAUCCUCGGCUCAGCAUACGGCCAAGCUUGUCUGGGUUGGAGCCUACAGACUGCAGUCUUACUGCGAUCCUUGGAACACCAUCGAAUUUGGUCACGCUGUCGCUCGAGUCUGUGACUGGCAGUCACAUAGUGCAGCCGGCCAGCGCGCUUUCUGCAAGAGCAGAAUCCGCCAUGAACCAAGGCAGAGAGCCACAUCAGAUUGCAAGUAUUCUGACGUCCAUGCUCUCGCAGAACCUUCGAGACGAGAUCCAACGGGCCGCGCAGCAACUUGGAUGGCAACAGAUUGUCAGGCAGGUCAUACGGCCGGAUGCUGUGCGGAUCGCCGUAGGCAAGAACAUCAUAGAAUACGCCAUGUACAGUCCUCGCGGCUGGACGUCGACCUGGGUACUGGCUGCUGUCAUAGAUACAGCAGGCGAAUCAUGGUGGAUAUUCGAGAUGGGAUCUAACGGCACGUCGAUCGACAAUGCCGAGCAGAUCGCAAUGGAAAGACGCGAUGACACCAGUCGCAUCGUCAACCGCAAUACACUGACGCGCAUAGAGCGUGUAGCUGUUCAGCUCGUUUCCUUCCGUGCCACAGCUCGCCAACUCGCCAAAGAGGAUAAGGUUUUCACACUGCGACACGAGUUUAGUCCAAGCACCAAGCCGGCUGGAUCCAACAGGAUCAUUCAAGGCUGGGCUCUGUACCUACAGACGGCCGACCUCCUCACGUCCAAAUCUGGCGAACAAGCAUGGCUCGAGGACAGCAUCGCGGUCGCCUGCGAGGGGCUGAAGGGCGAUGGACGCAGCGUGUGGCAUAUUGCGUCUGGCCACAUGGUCAAGUCUGCUGCUGCGGACAUGCAAAAGCUCAUGGCUGCUUCGCCACAGAGCAGCUUCAAGUUCACGGCUGAUGGCAGCUUCAAGAUCCUUGUGGCCACCCCCUUCGGCGCCGAUAUCCUCGGCGAGCUUCGAGCACGGCUGCGUGACAUCAAUCGUCUGCGAUCGUUCGCAACGACUCUGCAGAAGCGCCAGAUGCGCCUCACGUCCUCUUCGUUGCAGAAAGUCCAGUUCCAGUACGGCCCUUCCCCACACAAUGCAGCAGUCUCCUUCGCAUCUGAGAACGAGGUCGCUAUCGAGAUACUUCCUUCUAACCCACAUUUCCGCGUCCACCGGUUCCUUUCCUCGAUCGCGAACGACUGCAACCCAUCUCUCCCACUCCUGUCCGUCGGCGACACAAACGGCCUCGAUCACUUCUGCAUCACACUCGUACUCACCCGCUCCCUGCUUACAGUGCUCCGCGACAUCGAGUCAGCAACACCAGGGAACAUUCGCAAUCCUGCCAUACACACACAUUCAGUGUUCAAGUACCGUCUCACAUACGAAAACCCAGUGUGCACGUUCGAUAUCCGUCUGCAGCCUAAGGAGGACAAGAUGUACUGGUUCAUCGAGGAUAACCUCAAGCACGCGCCUGACAUCCGCCCGACGCCAGAACGGAACCCACGUCACAGGCGGUUGGAAACCUUGCAGGAGAAGCUGAAGGGGUUAUUUAGAGACAAGGCGACAGGCUGGUUUGGCACUCGCAAUGGCAUCGUCGCAGAGUUGGAUGCGGUGCCCGAUGCGCUCCAGAAGCUGAACGACGUGGUUCUGAGCUGCAAAAUGGAAGGCGGCUACGAGGCGCCCCCGCCUCUCGAGAUUCAACAGCAGCAGCAGACGAAUGGCAGCGCUCCCCAGCUCCAGCGCAAGCCGUCUCAGCAGCAGAUGCAGCAGGCCCAGCAACAAGCCAAGCAGCAGGCCCAGCAGCAACGGUCGCAACAUUUCUCUCCGCAGAUGCAGCGCAAACAGCAGCCAGGCGCGCAAUCGAACGGCCGCCCGCAACAGAACGGGCAGAGGCCGACGCCGCAGCACAUGCAGCACAUGCAGCAGCUGCAGCAGCGCGCGGCGCAGGCGCAGGCAGCGGCGCGGCAGCAGGGCAAGAGCGACGUGAUUGAGAUUGAUUGAUUGAUCGAGCGAGAUGGUGCAUAGAUGGUUCAGCAUAGCAUUGGGAGUACUGUGUGAGGGCGUAGGUAGUGUUUCCGUGACUCUCCUGUCCGAGCGACGAAAUUUUCCCGCCGUCGAAGCGGCUUUGUAGGAAUAUGUGUUUCGCGGUUUCAUCAGCGAUGAAUGUCGUCUUGCCAACAAGGGUGCGAGGUGGAGCGUUAAUGCGAUCAUGUAGAAGUUAAUCAAGUAUAUCCACC